AUGGGUAAGUCACGAAAAAAAUCUACGGGAACUAAUCGAUCAAAACAAGAUGAUCCUGAUCUAUUCUUUUCCAAUAAUCAUGAUAAAAAUAAUAAUAAUGAUGAUGAUGGAGACGAAAUAGAUACAUUUUAUAAAGAACGUGAUGACAAUCUUCGAACAGCAUUAUCUAAAACGACGAAAAAAACAUCAAAAAAUAAGAAAAAUGUAUCAUGGGCAAUAGAUAAUGAUUCGGAUGAAGAAAAUGGUCGCGAUGAAGUACUCGCUUUUGAUGAUGAUGAUUCUAUGGCAAGUGAUGAUGAUGAUAAUGAAUAUCAACAAAUUGAAGGUGAUGAUAAUGAUGUUGAUGAUGAUGAAGACGGAAUGGAUGAUGAAGAUCUUACUGGUGCAUUUGGUACAUCAAGAAAAGCCUUUUACAAUGAAGACGCAAAUGUUGAUGAUGAAGAUGCGAAAUUAGAAGAAACAGAAGCGACAACAAUUCAAAAGAGAUAUUGGGAUAUGUUAGAAAAAACAGAUUUUGGUUUAGAUUUAUUUAAGCAAAAACCAUCAGCAACAAUAUCAAAUGAUCGAAAUCUUGAUGAACAAUCAUUACGUCGUCAUAUUAUUUUACCAGAUAAUCUUCUUGAAUUAAGUUCAAAUGAACGAUUACAAUUAAUACGUGAUCAAUCACCUGAAUUAGAACCAUUAUGUAAUGAAUUUAAGAAUAUUUUUGAUGAUCUUAAAAUUUAUCUUUUACCAUUUAUACAACUUGUUAUUGAUACAUCAUCAUUAGAAGAAUUUCAUAGUUAUUCAGGAUGGCAAUUUAUUCUUUCUCUACUUGAACUUUAUUUAACUUAUUGUUCAUAUUUAAGUUUAUAUUUAAUGAUGAAAUCGACAGAUUUAAAUCUUAUCAAACAUCCUAUUAUAAAUGAUAUUGAACAAUAUAGAAAAUUAUGUCAAUUAGUUGAAGAAGAUUUUCAAACGUUAAAACCUGAUCUAUUAAAAUUAUGUGAAUUACUUCAAGAGAAAAAAAUUAAAAUCAAUCAAUCAUUAGCAUCCAAACAAAAAGAAGUUGUAUCAAAACCACAUUUAAUUAUGAAUAAUGGUAUUAAAUUACCAACGAAAGCAAUGAAUGGAACAUCGGCUAAACCAUCUCUUCGUGAACGUAUGUUGCAAAGACAAGAACAACAAAUAAAAUCCGAAAUGAAUAUUGAAACUCAAGAAGAUAAACCAGAAAAACGUGGUAUUACCUAUGAAAUGGAGAAGAAUAAAGGUUUAACAACUAAACGUAAAAAAGAACUUCGAAAUCCACGUGUACAUCAUCGUAAUAAAUAUGCACGUGCAUUGGUUAAACGUAAAAGUCGUGUUCCAACUGCACGUACUGAAGAAGAAAGAUAUACCGGUGAACCGACCGGUAUUCGAGCUGGUAUUAAACGUGGCAUUAAACUUAAAUCUUAA